UUCAGGGACAAGUGUAGUGAACUGUUAGACUUAGGACCCUGCAGUUGUGAGCCGCUGUGUUUUGCAGUUCUGAUGAAUGUCCCUGUUUUUCGCUCAGUUUCCUUGGGCCUCUGUUGUGUUCGGCUGGUUCUCAUAGAUAAUCGGAAACAUUUAGGUUGUGCGAGAGCAUAACAGCACAACAGAUCUGACAUUUUUUUCCUCUGAACGGCACGAGAAGAUCGAACAGCAAAACAGGAUGAAGUUCGCUCUGGUCAUCGUCAUGGCAACGCUGGCUGCAGUGAGUCCGCAAAAGCCCCUCUGCCUUAUCACGGCACCUAACAUUAUUCAUCUGGACACGGAGGAGACCGUAACAGUCCAAGUCCAUGGAGCUACCAAGCCUGCGAGCAUCACACUGUUCUUCAAGAAGCAAGUUUCUAUGAAGGGAGGUGCAGAGAUUCUAUCAAAAAAAGAAACUGUGCUACUCAAUGAACACAAUGAUUACCAGACCGUGGUUAAACUCAAGCUGGAAUUUAGCACAUACAAAAAGGUGCAACCACUAUUCUACAUUCAGCUGGUAGCAGAGAGCAAUGAUAUUUUGGCAGAUGGAAAAUACAUGAAAAACAUAAUCUUAUCUUCAAGAAAAGGAUACAUCUUCAUCCAGACUGACAAACCAAUCUACACCCCAGGAGAAAAUGCCAAUUUCAGAGUCUUUACUUUGAACCAGUACAUGCUCCCAACAGAUGAAGCUAUGAAUCUGAGAAUACUGAAUUCAAAGGGCCUUAUGGUCUACGAUAAUACUGUCAAGUCCAUGCAAAUUUAUCAGCAACGUAUACCCAUACCUGACGUUGAACCGGCUGGCCACUGGAAAAUUAUCGCUUGGUUUACGCAUUUGCCCAUGUCCAACACUACUGUGGAAUUUGAAGUAAGGCAAUAUGUUCUUCCAUCAUUUGAAGUGAAGAUAGAGGCGUUGAAGCCAUAUUAUCUUCUCAAGGAGGAUUCUUUUGACUUCAGGGUAUCUGCAAGAUACACCUAUGGAAAAGGACUCAAUGGUAUAGCUUAUGUAAGAUUUGCACUUAUGGAUGAACAUGGCAGCAAAACCCAUCUGCCUGGUUUAGAGAUGCAAACUGCAGUCAAAGAUGGGGGAGCGCAAAUUACUCUCCGUACAGAAGAUUUGCGGGAAAAAGCAGACAACCGAACCACUGAGCCUAUAGAAGGCCAUCGCCUGUACAUUGCGGUGACAGUGCUUGAAACAGCAAGUGGAGAACUGGAGGAAGCAGAGAGUAGCACAGUGAAGAUUGUGUCCAUGCCUUAUGAAAUUGAUGUAUCCAAAACUAAACAAUACUUCACGCCUGAGGGGAAGUUGUUUAUAUUGGCUUCCACUGUCUACCCGGAUGGUACCCCGGUCCCACACCCACAGAUGAAGGCUACUGUGGAAGUGACAGGGGGUGCCGGCGAGUCAUUCCACCUGAAGGCCUCUGGCAAUGAGGAUGGGGAAACAGUGUUUAAUUUGAAAGUGCCUAAACAGGCAGAAUCCCUGAAUAUUGAGGUGUUUGCCGUUGAAGACACUGGAGAUGCCGUGCUUGGUCGUACCCGUAUACGUGCCACUGCCAUUGCCUCUCUGAGCCAGAGCUACCUGAGCAUAGAGCUGCCACAUGUUGUCCUGAAAGAUGGCCAGGAGAUGAACGUGAUCUUCAGGGACAUCACCCCAGCUGGCCUUGCUAAGCCUACACACAUCUAUUACUUGAUUUUGAACAAGGGAAAAGUGGUCCAGGCUAAGAGGGUCCAAUGUACCGAGUUGACUUCCAUCACUCUGCCCUUCAGCUAUGACCUCACACCCUCCUUCCGAAUCGUGGCCUACUAUUACAUAAAGCGUGGUGGGGAGUGGACGAUUGUGACAGACUCCGUGUGGGUGGAUGCGCAAGAUGUCUGCGAAGGGCAGAUGCAAAUUGUGCCCUUCAAACGUGACUACAAACCAGCAGAGAAGAUGAAUGUGGAGGUCCGGAUGGACCAGGGGGACAGAGUGGCCCUGGCAGCUGUGGACACCGCAGUCUACAUCCUCAACAAGCAGAACAAACUCACCUCCCAGAAGAUGUUUGAUUACAUGAAUUCUUACGAUCUUGCUUGUUCGAUGGGAGGAGGUAAGGACCAUCUAUCCGUUCUCAACGAUGCUGGCCUUACUUUCAUAAGUAACAUCAAAAACAUGGACAACAGUGUAAUGAGACAAGGUUUCAGCUGUUCCAGUGGGAAAACAAGGCAGAAGAGGGCCUACAACUACGUACAACUGUUUUCUUCAAUAGUAAGCGGUUACAGGAAGCCUGAGGAGAAGAAGUGCUGCAAUGAUGGUGUAAAGUUCAACCACCUGAAGUUGUCCUGCGAAGAACGGCUCACCAAGACUCUCCAUCAGUCACCCGCGUGCCGGGAAGUCUUCUACAAGUGCUGCAAAGCUGCCAAAGAACUGCGAGAGAAGAUCCGCAGGUCCAAGAAGAGUUACAGCCUUGCUAGAACAAAAGGAGGUGAAGAAGAAGACAUGUUCGAUGAGACCAGUGUGCGACUGCGCAGUUUUUUCCCCCAGACCUGGAUGUGGGUGUACAUAGAUCGUGAUGCUUCUGGUCUUUUCAAACAUACUGAUGCCGUUCCAGACUCUAUUACCACGUGGGAGGUUCAAGCUGUCGGGAUUUCUGGAACAAAAGGCUUCUGCGUAGCCAAGCCACAGCCACUCCGAGUCUUCCAGAACUUCUUCGUAUCUUUGAAACUGCCGUACUCUGUGAAACGGAAUGAGCAGCUCGAGGUGAAGGCUGUGGUCUAUAACUACAGAACAGAGCCCUUGGAGGUGACAGUGCACAUGCUGUCUGUAGAAGGACUAUGUAGCGCAGGCGAUGGAAGGGACAAGCAAGUGGUCACUGUCCCUGGGAACUCAGCCGUGCCUGUCUACUUUGUUGUGGUUCCCUUGAUCAUUGGAAACAUCCCGAUCCAAGUGACAGCCUACUCGUCCAACGACCUAACUGAUAGGAUAAGGAAAGACCUCAAAGUUGUGGGAGAAGGGGAGCUUAUUUCUCUGCACCAUGAAUACAACCUUGAUGCAAAAGCUGCAAUAUCAAUGGAAAUUGAAAUACCAGCACCUCUCAAGUCCAUCCCAGGGGAAGAGUCAGACGCAUUCAUCAGCGUUAAAGGAGGGGCGAUGGGCGAGUCUGUGGAGAACUGCCUGAACCUGGAUGGGGUGAAUAGACUGAUCGCACUGCCUACUGGCUGUGCAGAGCAAACCAUGGUGAAAAUGUCUCCAGCUAUCCAAGCCAUACAGUACCUGGAUGCUACCAAUCAGUGGAUCAGUCUAAGGGCAGAGCGGCGUGAUGAGGCCCUGGAGAUGAUCCAGAGUGGUUACAACAGAAUCCUGAGGUACAAGAAGGACGAUGGUUCAUAUGGAGCUUUUGAGACAACUCCCAGCAGUAUUUGGCUUACUGCAUUUGUUGCAAAGGAACUUAUUCGAUGCAGGAAUAUAAUUCCUGUGCAAGAUUCCUACAUUCUGGAGUCCAUCUCAUACCUGGUGUCCAAACAGCUGGAUAAUGGAGCAUUUAAUGAUCCACACCCGGUCUACGAUAGGAGCAUGCAGGGUGGAGUCGGAGGAGUUGAAGGGGAUGUGUCCCUGACAUCGUUUGUACUGGUGACCCUGCAUCAUUCUUUGAAAGUUCAGUCCACAGAACAAAGCACACCAACGAUAAUGGCAAUGCAGAAGGCCGAGGAGUACCUGUCCAAGAAACUGAACUUGCUGCAAAGGCCAUUUGCGGUGGCGAUUACAGCUUAUGCUCUCAGUCUGACGGCGCCUGGGAGCAACAUAGCUUCCCUUGCCCAGUCCAGACUACGUCUACUGGCCAACUGUGAUGACAAAAACGAUACCUGCCAUUGGGAGGCAAGCGAGGAUCUUCGACUGAAAGAAGAGAAAAAGGCCUCUGGGGUGCCCCAGGCAAACGCCAUCUCUGUGGAGACCACUGCCUAUGCCCUGCUACAGACCCUGCUAGGGGAGGACUGGCGAUAUGCGGCCCGGAUUGCCAAGUGGCUAACGGAACAGCGUCAGUAUGGUGGAGGCUUCCGCUCUACACAGGACACUGUUGUGGCCCUGGAAGCCUUGUCCAAAUACAGCAUGCUGAGCAAUGAUGUAGUGGAGCUGGAUAUGAGAGUGGAUUUCUGUCUUCCCUCAGGAGCGAAAAAGUCAUUAGUUCUCAAUAAGCAGAAUGCCCUCACCUCACCAGCCAUUCAGGUUGAACCAGGAAAUAAAUUUAAGGUCAACAUUAGAGGAAAAGGGAAUGGAACCAUGACAGUUAUACAGACUUACAGAACUAUGAAAAGGACAGACUCUCACUGCGGUUACUACCACCUGAAUGUCACCGUGGAAGGGGAAGUGAAAUAUAAAAAGAAUGACUACGAGGAUGGCCUGGAUGACUACUACAAUUAUGAGGAGGGAGAGGAUGGGACAGCACAGAAGGACGAACCAUGGAGUCGUAUCGAGUGGUUUGACCUGCGUUCUCGGAGAAAGAGACAUGCCCCGGAGGCUGACGAAAGAGAGAGCUCCCUCAUCUACACAGUGUGUGCCGGAACAAAGGCAGGAAAUGCCACAGGAAUGGCCAUAGUUGACAUCUCGCUGUUGAGUGGAUUAGACGUGAACCUACAGGAUCUUGAGGAUCAUUCAAAAGGAACAGAGAAAUAUAUUGACCAUUAUGAUGUUGGACCAAAUAAGGUCUAUCUCUACUUUAAUAAGCUUACUGAGAACCCAGACUGUGUGAUGUUCAGAGCCAAACAGAUCACACCCAUUGGGUUGGUCCAACCUGCCAGCGCGGUUGUCUACGACUAUUAUAACCCAGAGCGAAGAUGCAGCAUAUUCUACAGUGCCCCAGAGCAGAGCACCAUGAUCUCCAAGCUGUGUAAGGAGGAGGUGUGUGCAUGUGCAGAAGGCCACUGCCCAAAAAUCAAAGUUACCUUUAGUAAGAAUAUGGAGAAAAGCACUCGAAGCAACUAUGCCUGUUUUUCUCCCAUUGUGGAUUAUGUUUACUUAGUCAAGAUUGUCCAGACCAGAGAGGAUGGUGUCUUUCAGUAUUACACUGUCACCGUGACCAAAGUCCUACAAACCAGUAAGGAUAAACUAACCUCAAGAGGAGCCAUGCAUGAGAUGAUCCAUCGAAAGAGCUGCAGCGAGUUUGAAAUGAAAAGGAACUCAGAUUAUCUGAUGAUGGGAAAAGAUGCCACUAUUGCCGACACCACCGAUUCCAACGGAAACUAUCAGUACAUCCUGAACAGUGACGUGUGGGUUGAGGAGAUCCCUGAGGAGCGGAAAUGCCAGGCUACAAAGAACCGCAGAGCAUGCCAGCUUCUUCAUGACUUCCUGCAGCAGUACGAGUUGAACCAAUGUCACAGCUGAGCCCCGCAUGGACAGUAGCCUGAGCGCGGGAAGCAGGAAAGCUGGCUUUUUUAACCACCACUAACACUGGUACACGCUCUUUCACUUCUUCCGAUGACUGAUGCUCCGAGCUACUCUACAAGCAUAACAAGUAAAACAAGCUUUUGUAAGACACUGUAUUCACGAAUAAAAACGCUGCUCCUUUAA